ACCUCUUAUGUCUAUGCGUUUGAGGAAAAAAUGCACGAAAGAAUCAAACAUUUACAACUCCAGCAAUGAUUGAUGCUGCCUUCACUCCUCAUUAAAGCCUGUUUUUAAUGUGAACCUGUUGGGCUGCAAAGGAGGGUCCCAGCAGAUAAGGAACAAAGCCAGAGUUGAAAUGGCCUUAAAGACGGAAAACGAGGGGCUGGACAAUCCUGCGUUUCACAUGGAUGAGCAAGUUAUCGGUCAACUGAGUGGACAACCAAAAACGAAUGAUGUUAAGUGUGAGGACGGCGUGGACAGAAAUAAACCAACGUAUUGUGUGACUGAUGUUCCUUCGUGGUACCUUUGUAUCUUCCUGGCUGUUCAGCACUACCUGACCGCCUUUGGUGGGAUCAUCUCCAUCCCCCUCAUCCUCUCAGAGGGGCUGUGUCUGCAGCAUGACAGCCUGACCCAGAGCUUACUCAUCAACACCAUCUUCUUCGUCUCCGGCAUCUGCACCCUCCUGCAGGUGACCUUAGGUGUCAGGCUUCCUAUUCUACAGGGAGGUACCUUCGCCUUGGUAACCCCAGCCAUGGCCAUGCUGACCAUGCCAGACUGGAAGUGCCCUGCUUGGACCCAGAAUGCCAGUCUGGUCAACACCUCCUCCCCUGAGUUUGUGGAAGUGUGGCAGAGCCGCUUGAGAACACUUCAGGGCUCAAUCAUGGUGGCCUCCGUCCUUCAGGUUCUUGUUGGUUUCUCUGGGCUGAUUGGCUUCCUCAUGCGCUUCAUUGGACCCAUGACCAUCGCCCCAACUGUCUCUCUCAUCGGUCUAUCCUUGUAUGAGUCAGCCGGAGACAAGGCGGGCAGCCACUGGGGCAUCUCUGCGAUGACGGCUGUGCUGAUUAUCCUCUUCUCUCAAUACUUACGUCUCAUACAAGUCCCUCUUCCAGCGUACAGCAAAUCCAAGAAGCUCCACACUUCAAACUUCUUUAUGUUUCAAACAAUGCCGAUUUUACUGGGCCUUGCAGUCUCCUGGUUGGUGUGUUACCUCCUCACCAUCUACGAUGUUCUACCAAAAGAUUCAGCUGAAUACGGACACUUGGCCCGAACUGAUGUUAAAGGAAAUGUUGUGAGUGAGGCCUCUUGGUUCAGGGUUCCUUAUCCUGGUCAGUGGGGGGUACCAACCGUGAACCUGGCAGCUGUGUUUGGGAUGCUGGCUGGGAUCAUCUGCUCCAUGGCAGAGUCUGUGGGCGACUACCACGCCUGCGCCAGGCUGUCCGGGGCCCCGCCGCCCCCAAACCACGCCAUCAACCGGGGCAUAGGUGUUGAAGGUGUUGGCUCAUUAUUGGCGGGGGCCUUUGGCACAGGCAACGGAACUACUUCUUUCAGCGAGAAUGUGGCAGCGCUUGGCAUCACCAAAGUGGGCAGUCGUACAGUGAUUCUACUGAGUGGCAUUUUCAUGAUUUUAAUGGGAGUUUUGGGCAAAAUUGGAGCCGUCUUUGCAACGAUCCCCACACCCGUGAUUGGAGGGAUGUUCAUCAUCAUGUUUGGCGUCAUAACUGCUGCUGGGAUUUCUAACCUCCAGUACGUGGACAUGAACUCCUCAAGAAAUAUCUUCGUGUUUGGUUUCUCCCUGUUUUCUGCCCUUGUCAUUCCAAACUGGAUCACGAAGAAUCCCGGAUAUCUACAAACAGGAAUCACAGAACUGGACCAAGUUUUGCGCAUUUUAUUUACCACCCACAUGUUCAUCGGAGGGUUCUUUGGCUUCUUUCUGGACAACACCAUUCCUGGCACUAAAGUUGAGCGUGGCCUUCUGGCAUGGAACCAGGUCCAUCUUGAAGACUCCACUUGCAGCAUGGUAUCUGAGGAGGUGUACGACUUCCCGUGUGGCAUAGCUGCUUCCGUCCAGUCCCACUCUUGGAUCCGUUAUGUGCCUUUCUGCCCACGGAAGAACUGCGAUCCUCAGAAGAAGCAGGAAACCACCGACGCGCCGCAGAGCACACGUGUCUGAGUUUGGAGACGUUUUUACAAGCAGAUGCUGACAUUGACACAAACAACUCCCUGCUUGACUUUAUAUAUAUUUUUCUUUCUUAAAAAUGUUUAUACAUAAUUUUUCUUUCAUUCGUUAAAAGAAUUUGUGUGUAAAACUGAAGAUCUGCAGAAUGCAAACGUGUCCUGUUUAAACCCAGAGGAUCACAUGCUUUCUAUUUUUUAUUAACCUCACAUGUUUCACAUCGACAGUCAACUGCAGUUGAUCUAAGAUUGACGUUUUCACUACUUGGGACUGUCUCUUCAGAAGGAAAUAAAAGGUUCAUGUUCUGUCAGAGCUGUGCAUGAAAACAAAAAGCUAUAAUGUGUUUUUUUUUCAUCUCCUGUGUAAAAGGAAAUUAAAUUGUAGAUACAUAUUAGUAUUACACAGCACAAUCUCUACAAUAUUGGAGCUAAAAGGGCUCUGGAUCUUUUUAUUGUGUUUUAUUUUGGAGAAAACAAAGAUAAGUCAUAGUCUCAUUUGCUGUUUGCCCUCCUGGCUGUCAGCGUCUGUACUCAUUUCCUCUGUGUAACCGCCUCUGACAGCCAGGUGCUUUUACCUCUGGCCUGUUUGACCAGCAGCUUUUGUGCAAUUUUAGAAAAGUAUGCAGCUAUUUUCAUCCAAAAAGUAAGGUUUUUGAAUGAAAAUUGGAGGUUUGUGCAAUAAAAAGGCAUAAUUUUGUGUUUUUACUAACCAAUGAAUCCCUUUUACUUGUUCUUCCAUCAAAGACUUUAGAGGGAAACUGGUCACAAGAGACAGAAAUCCUUUGUGUAUGUUUUGUCUGUUCAUCCAACUGCUGGAAUUAUUUUUUGCACUAUAUGUAACAGCAUUACAUUGGUUUUAUAUGUAUAAAAUUGAAUAACAUU